AUGCAACCCUUCCACAUUGCCGCCACUGGUUAUAGUCUCAAUUACCUCCCAGAGUACAUUGCUCUUCGGCAUGGGUUCUUCCGGGAACAGGGACUUGACGUGAAGGUGCAAAUCCCUACACCUUGGGACGGUGUGCUCGACGCACUUGCCGAUGAUUCUGCUACAAUGUGCCUUGGGGGAAUCUGGGUGCCGUCUAUGUACCGCAACAGGUUACAGAACUAUACUGUAUUUGCGCAGAUUGCAAACCGGGCACCUCUCGCCUUAAUUCGACGUGCCAGUGACAGAGCUUUCGAGGUAUCCGAAGUGGCCGGGCGCACUGUCCUAGUAAAUUCGAGUGGUGGAGCCAGUUUUGGUCUUUUCUUCAAGAUGCUGCUGCGUGAGAACGGCGUUGAUGCGAGAUCAGUCGACUAUAUUCAGGAUUUGGGUGGUGAAAUGCUGGGAAAUCUAUUCCAAGGCGGCAUGGGCGACUACUUCGUUACCGACAGUCUCUCUGCCCAGGCUAUGGUCGCGCACAACCCUGAUGUGGUUAUUGCCAUGCAGAUGAUCACGCAAGACGACGUCCCAUGGAGUGUGUAUUACCGAGAAACUGCCACAAUAACAUCAGAGAUUCUAGAUGCACAGAAGCGGUUCUGUAUCGCUCUUCAGAAGGGUAUAGACUGGGUUCUCCUGCACAAUGCAGAAUCAUUCCAGGAUGAGCUCUCCGAACUCUUUCCGAUAUUCCAAUUGAUGUCGUUGUCUCUGUUACCAACGACUUUCGUCGGAAUGGCAUGUGGACGACCACUUCUGUGCUCCGAAAUGGUUACAACCGCUGGCAACUGGGACUGCGCGAUGCACGCCUAA